AUGGCGGCCCUCGGACGGGCGUCCCGCCUGCUGCUCGGCGCCGCCGCCCCGCGCUCCCUGCCGGCGCGCGGCGUGGCGGCGGCCGCGGCACACGAGGAGGGCGGAGCCCGCAUGUGGAAGACGUUGACCUUCGUGGUGGCGCUGCCCGGCGUGGCCGUGUGCAUGCUGAACUGCUACCUGAAGGCACAGCACGAGCACGAGCGGCCCGAGUUCGUGCCCUACCCCCACCUCCGCAUCAGGACCAAGCGUUUCCCCUGGGGUGAUGGGAAUAAAACUCUGUUUCACAACCCCCACGUUAACCCUCUCCCAACUGGUUAUGAAGAUUAAAACCAAGAUCCUGACAACAGCCAGAACUUUGGCUCUUGAACCAGAAUGUUGAGUGGGAACCAUCAUUUCUGGGGUCCUAGUUUCAGAAACUCUGUUUCUUCUGAGAUGAAGCUGAGUGGUGUUGUGGCCCCCGCUUGUACUUGUGAUGGGGCCCUUUAAAUAAACAAUUCUGAACGUGAA